AAGGUCUAAUAUUAAUUAAAGGCUUGAGGAAGCCGAGCAAACAUCUCUGAGUCGGGAUCCAUCGACAUCUAUCAUCUUGUUGAACGCUCCGCCGAUUCUCUUCGCGGUUUCAUCCUCCGUCAGACGCCAACACGCAACACGCUUCUUCAGUCGUCAACUACUCACAUCACUCCCGUCGCUCAGUCAUCUUCUCUCCGCCACUCAACCUUCAGCGGCUCAGUCAAUCGGCGCUUCCCUCAAUUUUCACAUCCAGCCAUUCGUAGUCCCGGCGUUUGAAGGCGAACAUGAAACUUGAUUAAAGAUCCAUGUGAUGGUAGAUGCUUUUAGAGGGAGAAUUGCAAAGCAAACUGCAUCAUUAUAUACAUAAUAGAUAGACAAAUUCGAUACAGUUCUAAGUGUCAGCAGCACAUCCCAGCCUCAACUGUGUGCUCAAGAUGCCAGAAAUAUCGAAGGAUAAAUCUGGUAAAACAAGAAAGGUAAGGAAGCAGGAUCGAAAGAAGAAACACGUACUUGAGGAAGGCCUGGCUAAUUGUAGCCUCACUGUCCCAAAUGGGGCGGAGGAAUUGUGGGAGAACUGUAAUGAUGGUGAUGGGGAAGAAAAUGGAAAUGAAUUGAGCCUGAAGGUAGACAAGAAGACAGAGAAAAGGAUGGAAAAAGAUGAAGAUGAGAACAUCGAAGAACGGGAGUUGAAGGAAAAGAGGAAAAGGAAGAAUAAGGUUAGAAAGAGGGAAGAGGAUGAUGAUGGGAGGGAGGAAGAGGAGGACGGAGAGGGACAAGAAGAAGAAGAGGAAGAAGAGGAAGAAGAAGAAGCUGAUGAUGAGGUGAAAGAGAUAAAGAAGGUUGUGAGGAGUUCUGGUUCUGGGAUUAUGAGCACUGAGUCAUUUGCAACUAUGGGUCUCUCAGAGCUAACUAUGAAAUCUAUUAAUGAGAUGGGGUUCGAGUACAUGACUCAGAUCCAAGCACGAGCAAUUCCUCCAUUGUUGGAAGGGAAAGAUGUUCUUGGCGCUGCAAGGACUGGUUCGGGCAAAACUCUCGCAUUCCUCAUACCGGCUGUUGAGUUGUUAUUUAACGUAAAGUUCACACAUCGCAAUGGAACUGGAGUCAUCGUCAUUUGCCCCACUAGAGAACUUGCGAUACAAACUCAUGCCGUGGCAAAAGAGCUGUUGAAGGAUCACUCACAGACUCUGGGAUUGGUUAUUGGAGGUGCAACACGGAGAACAGAAGCCGAGCGUAUUAAAAAUGGAGUAAACCUUUUAGUAGCUACUCCUGGUCGACUUCUCGAUCAUCUUGAAAACACAAAGGGAUUUGUUUAUAAGAACCUGAAGUGCCUCAUUAUCGAUGAAGCAGAUAGGAUACUGGAAGCGAACUUUGAAGAAGAAAUGAAAAAGAUUAUGAGGCUUCUGCCUAAAGUGGGUAGACAAACUGCCCUAUUUUCAGCUACACAGACUAAGAAGGUGGAGGAUCUGGCACGCUUGUCUUUCCAAACAACUCCUAUCUAUAUAGAUGUGGAUGAUGGAAGAAAGAGGGUAACAAAUGAAGGACUCCAGCAGGGGUACUGUGUCAUCCCUAGUGCCAAGCGGUUCAUUCUUCUGUACUCUUUUCUGAAGAAAAACCUUUCGAAGAAAAUAAUGGUUUUCUUCUCUUCGUGCAACUCCGUAAAGUUCCACUCUGAACUUCUUCGGUACAUUCAUAUUGAUUGCUUUGAUAUUCAUGGAAAGCAAAAACAGCAAAAGCGGACCUCUACCUUCUUUGAUUUCUGCAAAGCCGAAAAAGGCAUUUUGUUAUGUACUGAUGUUGCUGCUAGGGGUCUUGAUAUUCCUGCUGUGGACUGGAUUAUACAAUAUGACCCCCCAGAUGAGCCCAAGGAGUAUAUUCACAGAGUUGGCCGAACAGCACGUGGUGAAGGUGCCAAAGGGAAUGCCCUGCUCUUCCUCAUUCCGGAGGAGUUGAAGUUUCUUGUGUAUCUCAAGGUGGCAAAAGUCCCUGUAAAACAGUAUGAAUUUGAUGACAGAAAGCUGGCUAAUGUGCAGUCUCACCUGGAAAAAUUGGUCUCUAACAAUUAUUACCUGAAUAAAUCCGCUAAAGAGGCUUAUAGAUCUUACAUAUUGGCUUAUAAUUCGCACUCCAUGAAGGAUAUAUUUAAUGUUCAUCGUCUUGAUUUGCAGGCGGUUGCAACAUCUUUCUGUUUUUCAUCUCCUCCAAAAAUAAAUAUAAAUAUAGACAGCAAUGCGGCCAAGUGCCGGAAAAAGCACAAAGGAGAGGGGAGGCGUAAUGGGUUCAGUGAGAGCAGGCCUUACGGGAAUAAGAAAGGUGAUGGUGAUGAUAGGCAAUUUGUAAGAUACUAGUGAGAUAGUCAAGUCUUCGAAGGGCUGCAUCAUUGUCUGACAGUUGGGGAUUUACUUGUUUACCAUACAAUUUUGUCCUAACCUUAUUUCUCUACUACUUUGAAUAAUAUUUUUUUUGAAACUGCAGUCUUAGAUUAUUACUCCCUCCGUAUCAUUUCAGGUCCUAUUUUAGAUUGUGAUUAAAGUAUGAAGUUUUUAUUUUAGAACUAAUGCAAUCCAAAACAACUAUAAAGUUUUAUGUCAAAGAUGUUUCAGAAUUGCAAAAACCAACAUAAGAGUUGAGUUUUUUUUUGUUUCUAGAA